AUGGACGUCCACAGAUUAACCCUCCUUCAUUUUAGUGUCAGUGGCUUAGCUAUCCUAAAUGAGUCCCCUUUAUCUGAUGCCCAACAUUUUAUUAAUUUUAUUUAUGCUCAUCAAAUACCGCCCUCCAAAGAAUUUAAUACAGAGAGGUGUGGAUUUAGAGGCUCAAGCUUUAUCGGCGUAUCAUUAAAUUUCGACGCAAACAAUGCUUCACAUUACUCCCCUCUACCAUACGACUCAUGCCACAUAACAAUGAACUACUCUGCGCUAGUUUCUUUACUAGUUCUCGGCGAUGAUCUUGAGCGCGUAAACAGACAGGCGGUUAUUGAUGGGAUUAAAGCACUCCAAUCCGUCAAUGGGAAUUUAGUUAACGGAAGUCUUUUCUGUCCCGAAUUCGACGCUCGCUUCAUCUUCAGCGCCGUUGCUUCUGCAUACAUUCUGGAUAUGCUAGAGCAGCUCAAUUUGGAUGCAUUUGAAAAAUUCUUAGUUGAUUCGAUUACAUAUGAGGGAGCUUUCGGUAGUCUCCCAAAGAUGGAAGCUCACGCUGGCCUAACGUACUGCGCUUUAGCUAGUUUGAAGUUGAUGGAUCGGUUAGACAAAGUUCUACCCCGUGGAUCGUUUCAACGCGAUAAGCUCAUAAAGUGGCUGUUGUGUAGACAAAACGGCGGUUUUAAUGGGCGAUGUCAGAAGGAGGCCGACACAUGUUAUACCUUCUGGGUGGGAGCUUCACUUCGAAUGUUAGAUGCGCAUCAGUACGUGGACAAGACCUCACUCCUCAAGUUCAUUUGUUCCACCUACGAUCCUAUUGUUGGCGGUUUCACGAAGGCGCCUGAUGCAGACAAUGUCGAUCUGUUGCAUUCGUACAUGACUCUCGCUGGUCUUUCCUGCCUCUUCAAAAACCCAGCCUCUACAAACUCGACUGAACCCACUCCUGCCCAACUCGCAAAUUCGUUUAACAAACUGCAUUUAGGCGAAGCAGUCGCCAGUGAUUUGGUGACACAGCUUGAUCAGCUAGUUGUGGAUGACAUGCGACCCCUUGUACCCGAACUCAACCUCCCUGUGAACACCUUCCAACACCUAAUGGAAAUUCAUGCAAAUUGGCGCUCUCCACCCUCCCAACCCUCGACCUCCACAACUUCUAAAUGUCUUUUAUCCACAGUUGAGUAA